UCUGGGUUGUCGGCGCUGUCGUGCUGGGACGAGUCGGGCAGCGCGGCGCGGAAGGAGCGUGGCCUGCUGCUUUCUAUCGCGACAGCCAGGAGCGGGCUGGACGCGGGGAAGCGGAGGGUGAGGCGUGUCUCCGCCCCGGGACGGAGGCCGGCGGUGUCUGGAACCGCGGGCCUUAGCACGCCAGCGUGUGUGUGUCUGUGUGUGUGACCACAUGAGAAAGUGGCGAUUGUCUCUCCAGCCGAGAGAGUGGUUGUGUGAAGCUGUGCGGAUGCCCCUUCGUUUAACGAUGUCGUUGAUUGUCUUUCUGUGUCUGUCCCCUCCUCAACUGUGCCCAGCCGGGAACCGAUACGGGGCGGGCACCGGUAGGGUGAGAAAUGCUCACCCUGAGGCCAUUUGUGGGUUCGAGGGUUUCUGGAAGCUUGUGGUUGUGAGGUCUCUGUGGCUGAGUGCCCCCUCUCCUUGUAGCCACGGGGACCCAGGUUCCCUGGAAAUGGCCCCGUCCUAUGUGGGAAGAUAGAAAGGUGAGUCCCAGACUGAAGAUUCCAGACAAAGAAACUUGUCUGCAGGUCACCGACCUGAUCUCAGAAUGAGAAUUUUAGAGCCAGAAACAGCCCCCAGUUCGGGGGUCUGAGAAGAAAGGAGACAGAAUCGAGGUAGUAAGGUUCCCGUCUCUCCCCUCGGGAAUCCACCUGGGGAGCCCUUGGGGGUUCUCGACCUCCGCUCUGGUUCCCGGAGGGGCAGCUUUGCUCGAGUCUCUCUCUGAGCUUCCGCGGCAGGGCUACUUUAGCUCGAGGGGUGGGAGUAGAAGUUUGUUUCUAACAAGUCGCUCUGGGCUCAAAGAAAGGCUUGGUGUCUCGGGAUUCUUUGUCCCUUACCAACUCGCGGCCUUCUCUUACGCGGGUGACCAGAGAGCAAAGGAGGAGCAGCUGUUGGACAACUGAGAGUUUUAUCCAGGGUGAGUUGUUAUUCUCUCUUCUGUCUCUGAAGUGCUUUCUGGUUAUAUUUCAAAAUACUGUCAACAUUUGCAUCCUUUUAGUGAUCUGGUGCUUGGGCCUUGCUGUUCCCAAGAAUGAUGGGAGCAGAAGGAAUGGACCCAAAGACGCUCUUCCACUCCAUCGCUGCCCUUUUGACCUGAGGACUCUGCAUUUCUCCACGAGAAGAAGCCGGAGGAAGACUCAAAAGUUGCAGUUCUAAGCCAUGCCCCAUAGGUUGGUGUUGUUCAGGGAUGUGGCUGUGGACUUCUCUCAGGAGGAGUGGGCGUGCCUGGACUCGGAACAGAAGGAUCUGUACAGAGAUGUGAUGCUGGAGAACUACAGCAACCUGGUCUCACUCGCAGGAUUUUCCAGUUCUAAGGCAGACAUGCUGUCCUUAUUGGAGCAAGGGAAAGAGCCCUGGAAGGUUGUGCAGGAUGUGGCAAGAAGUCAGAGCUCAGACUUAGGAUCCAGGUGUAAGAGCAAGAACCUCUCAUCAAAAAGAGAAAUUUAUGAAAUAGAAUCAUCUCAAUGGGAAAUAAUAGAACAACUUGCAAGCCAUAAGUGUGAGUGUAAAAGUUUUCGAGAUGAUAGGGAAUGCAAAGGCCAGUUUGAAAGCCAAUUAGGAAAUAAAGAGGAACUUCUCAGGCAAUUAGUCAUCACUUAUGAAGAAAUUCCCAAUUUUAGCCAGACUGAUACAUCCCUUACAUUAAAACAGAGAAUUCAUUCUAUUGAGAAAUCCUAUGAAUGUAAAGCAUGUAGAAAAUACUUCAUCCAUGGCUUUCAAUUGACUGAACAUCAGAAAAGUCAUUCUGAUGAAAAGUUCUAUGAAUGUAAAGUAUGUGGAAAGGCCUUUAUUCGAGGCUCACAACUUACUUACCAUCAGAGAGUUCAUGUUGCUAAGAAACCAUAUGAAUGUAAGGAAUGUGGAAAAGCCUUUAUUUGUGCCUCGCAACUUACUUAUCAUCAAAGAAUUCAUACAGGGGAAAAGCCUUAUGAAUGUAGAGAGUGUGGAAAGGCCUUUAUUCGUGGCUCUCAUCUUACCCAGCAUCAAAGAAUUCAUACUGGUGAAAGAUCAUAUGAAUGUUAUGAAUGUGGGAAGGCCUUUUUUCGUGGCUCUCAACUUACUUACCAUCAGAGAGUUCAUACCUCAGAGAAACCAUAUCAAUGUAAGGAAUGUGGAAAGGCCUUUAUUCGUGGCUCCCAACUUACUGAGCAUCAGAGAAUCCAUACUGGUGAGAAACCCUACGAAUGUAAGAAAUGUGGGAAAGCCUUUAGUUAUGGCUCACAGCUUACUCUACAUAAUAGACUUCAUACUGGUGAAAAACCCUAUAAAUGUAAAGAUUGUGAGAUGGCCUUUAUUCGUGGCUCACAACUUACGGAACAUCAGAGGAUCCAUACAGGUAGGAAACCACAUGAAUGUAAGCAAUGUGGAAAGGCCUUUAACUAUGGCUCACAGCUUCUUCGACAUCAGAGGAUUCAUACUGGUGAGAAACCCUAUGAAUGUCAAGAAUGUGGGAAAUCAUUUAUUCGUGGCUCACAACUUACUGAACAUGAAAAAAUUCACACUGGUGAAAAACCCUUCGAAUGUAAGGAAUGUGGGAAAGCUUUUAUUCGUGGCUCACAUCUUACUCAGCACCAGAGGAUUCAUACUGGUGAAAAACCCUAUGAAUGUAAAGAGUGUGGUAAGGCCUUUAUUUAUGGCUCGCAGUUGACUCAACAUCAAAGAAUUCAUACAGGUGAGAAUCCCUAUGAAUGUAAGCAGUGUGGGAAGAUCUUUAUUUGUGCCUCACAACUUUCUCUACAUCAGAUUUUUCAUACUGGUAAGAAAGCAUAUGAAUGUGAGGAAUGUGGUAAGGCUUUUAUUCGUGGCUCACAGCUAAUUUACCAUAAGAGAGUUCAUACUGGCGAGAAGCCCUAUGAAUGUAAUGAAUGUGGGAAAGCAUUUAUUCGUGGUUCACAUCUUACUCAGCACCAGAGAAUUCAUACUGGUGAGAAACCAUACAAAUGUAAUGACUGUGGGAAGGCCUUUAAUCGUGGCUCACAACUUACUCAACAUCAGAGAAUUCAUUCUGGUGAGAAGCCUUAUAAAUGUAAUGAAUGUGGUAAGGACUUUAGACGACAUACUUACUUAACUCAACAUCCCAGAUGUCAUUCCCCUGAGAAACCUUAUAAAUGUAAGGAAUGUGGGAAGGCCUUUAGACGAGCCUCACACCUAACUCAACAUCAGAGUAUUCAUACUGGUGAAAAACCCUAUGAAUGUAAGCAAUGUGGGAAAGCUUUUAGUCGUGAUUCACAGCUCAGUCUUCAUCAGAGACUUCAUACUGGUGAGAAACCCUAUGCAUGCAAGGAAUGUGGGAAGGCCUUUACUCAGAGCUCACAACUUAUUUUACAUCAUAGAAUUCAUACAGGUGAAAAACCAUAUAAAUGUGAAGAAUGUGGAAAAGCCUUUAUUCGUAGUUCACAACUUACCCGACAUCAAAAAGUCCAUACUGGUGAGAAACCUUAUGAAUGUAAAGAAUGUGGGAAGGCCUUUACUCAGAACUCACAACUUACUCUGCAUCAGAGACUUCAUACUGGUGAGAAACUCUACGAAUGUAAAGAAUGUAGGAAAGUCUUUACUCAGCUCUCACAACUUAUUCUGCAUAAGAGAAUUCAUACUGGUGAAAAACCCUAUGAAUGUAAGGAAUGUGGGAAAGCUUUUAUUUGUGGCUCACAGCUUUCUCAACAUCAGAAAAUUCAUAAUGGGGAAAAGCCAUAUGAAUGUAAGGAAUGUGGAAAGGCCUUUAUUCGUGGCUCAUUACUUAUGCAACAUCAGAGGAUUCACACUGGUGAAAAACCCUAUAAAUGUGAGGAAUGUGGGAAGGCCUUUAUUCGCGGCUCACAACUUACUCAACACCAGAGAAUUCAUACCAAUGAGAAGCCCUAUGAAUGUAAGGAAUGUGGAAAGACUUUUAGUCAUGGUUCACAACUUACUCAGCAUCAGAGAAUUCAUACUGGUGAGAAACCCUAUCAAUGUAAGGAAUGUGGAAAGGCCUUUAAUCGUGGUUCACUCCUUACUCGGCAUCAGAGGAUUCAUACUGGUGAAAAACCCUAUGAAUGUAAAGAAUGUGGGAAGACCUUUAGUCGUGGCUCAGAACUUACUCAACAUGAGAGAAUUCACACUGGUGAGAAACCCUAUGAAUGUAAGGAAUGUGGGAAGUCUUUUAUUCGUGGCUCACAGCUUACUCAACAUCAGAGAAUCCAUACUGGUGAGAAACCCUAUGAAUGUAAAGAAUGUAGAAUGGCCUUUACUCAGAGUUCACAUCUUUCUCAACAUCAGAGACUUCAUACUGGUGAGAAACCGUAUGUAUGUAAUGAAUGUGGGAAGGCCUUUGCUCGUGGCUUACUACUUAUACAGCAUCAGAGAAUUCAUACAGGUGAGAAACCAUAUCAGUGUAAGGAAUGUGGGAAGGCCUUUAUUCGUGGUUCACAACUUACUCAACAUCAGCGAAUUCACACUGGAGAAAAACCCUAUGAAUGCAAGGAAUGUGGAAAGGCCUUUAGUCAUGGCUCCCAACUUACUCUACAUCAGAGAAUCCAUACUGGUGAGAAACCCUAUGAAUGCAAAGAAUGUAGAAAAGCCUUUACUCAGAGCUCACAUCUUUCUCGACAUCAAAGAAUUCAUACUGGUGAGAAACCAUACCAAUGUAAGGAAUGUGGGAAAGCCUUUACUCGUGGUUCACAACUAACACAACAUAAGAGAAUUCAUAUCAGUGAGAAAUCUUUUGAAUAUAAGGAAUGUGGGAUAGACUUCAGUCAUGGCUCACAAGUUUAUAUAUGAAUUACCUGAUUCUUUGUGAUUAAUAUAGAAAGCUUUCUCUGGUCAUUAAUCCAUUAUUAUCAAAGAAUUCUUAAAAUGUGAAUAUGGGAGCACAUUUGCCUCACAAAGUUCAGCAUCAGUGAAUUUAUAUGGGGAAAAGAUAAUGUUAAUGUAAUCCAUGUAGAAAAACCUUUCAUUACUGGAACCUGUUAAACUUUAGCACAUUAUAGUAAAGAAUAAUCCUGUUAAUGUAGUAAAUAUAGGAAGGCCUUCAGCUGUACCAUGUGUCUUUUUCAACAUUAUCUUGACUCUACCAGUUGCUUUCCUUUGUGACAUUUAUCAUGGUAAUUAACCUCUGCUUUGGUUUAAUAAUUUGUAAGAUAGACUCAAGAAUAAUACCUUCCUUAUAAGAUUCUUGGAAGUAUUAUGUGAGUUAUUACAUGUAAAGCUCUUAGAACAGUGCCUUGAACAUAGCAUAUCACAUAUAUUAGCUAUCAUUAUUAGUAGUGUUAUUUUAGAGAAUUUGCAUGAGAGGAGGACACUUAUGAAUAUAAUGAAUAUCGAGAAAUCUUUCAUUAACACUUAGCCCCGAUUAUUUGAGUAGGGGGUAUUGUAUGCUGUAAUGAAUGUGAGAAAGCUCUAUUCAGAUCUCAUCCCAUAUGCUUUAAGAGGCAAUUAGUACUGUAAAAAAAAAAAAAAACACAACUGUAGAUUUAAUCAGUGGAUUGUUGUUGAAGGGAUGUGAAGUGAAUUGUAAGAUAGUCCAAAAACUAGUAUUUUCCACCAUCUCAACGAAAACAACGAAAAAAA